UCACCUUAAAAUCGUUUGCUGAACACAACCUUCAGUUGAACGCCUCACUAUGAACAGAAAGGAGGUAUUCGUCUGGUUGGUGUCAAUCAGCUCGGUUUUGUGUAGUAAUUUUGGUCGAACACCAGCUGAAGGAUACUAUCAAAGAAAAACUAUUUCAGACUGUGUUCAACAAUUCUACCGAGCUGAAUGGGAAAUUGAGAAUCGUGAUGUUCCUGAUUUUUCAAUGAAAAAUGUGCCGGCUGUUGCCGGAGGAAUUCGAGCGUUCAAUGGCGAGUACCCUCAUAUGGCUGCCAUCGGCUGGACCGUUGGUGAAAAGGUUCAGUUCAUGUGCGGCGGUACGUUGAUACAUCCCAAGUAUGUCCUGACUGCGGCUCACUGUGCGGUUUCUGUCGGAGGAUCUUCACCGUCCACGGUUCGAUUAGGGGACACGGAUUUGAACAGUGCUCAUGAUGAUCAUUUUGCACAGCAAAUCAAUAUACGAAAAAUUAUAAGACACCCACUGCAUCGGUUUGCCAGAAGCUACCAUGACAUUGCGUUGAUAGAACUCGAAACGGAAGCAACGCUGGGGACCGCAGUGUUCCCAGCUUGCCUAUGGCGAGACGGAAUUGUUCCCAAUGAACCUCUGCGAAUAACUGGUUUUGGCGAGUUGGAAGAGGCUGGUGGACACAGUCCGACUCUACAGCAGGGUCAAGUUCAGUUGUUAGAUGAGGAGUUGUGUCGGACCAAAAUACGGGUUAACCGUAAAAUCCCAGAUGGUUUGCUGGAUAGUCAGUUCUGUGCAUCACAUGAUACGAUGGAUACCUGUCAGGGAGAUUCAGGUGGACCGAUUGAAUUGCGCCGAGUUGAUUUAUACGACCAGGAACAUCCCGUUGUAGUUGGUGUUACAUCUUUUGGAACUCCGUGUACUAACGGUUCAACUGGAGUCUAUACUAAAAUCUCAUCCUACAUUGACUGGAUUGAGGAAGAAACGAAGGAAAACUUUUCUUACCAGAAUUGCAUCAACAAACCUGGUAAUCGAAAUGUUGCAAAUAACCUUUUAGACCCAGUUUACAUCCCAGCGUAUGGUCAUCUACUGCAAAAUAGUUCCCUUGACAGUGAAUACAGUUGCGCGGGAACGUUAAUUGAUGAUCGAUACGUACUAACAUCAGCAUUUUGUGUAACACAGCCGAAUGAAACUCCAAAAUUUGUUUAUUUCAACGCUAAUAAUGAAGCGGUUCAGGUUGAUGAAGUCAUCGUUCAUCCCAGAUAUGAACCAGGCAAUACAACAAACGAUAUAGCACUGCUUAAACUCAGCAUGUACCUUAAGCCCAACUCAACAUUAAGGCCAGUUUGUUUAGAAGACACAGAUACCAGCCAAUACCCAACAUACUCGUUCGUUUUCCGUAGUAAAUUGCAAAGCAAUUUAGAAAAUCUAAGGUACAGCUACCAUACGAAAGGAGUCAGACGUUCGUUCGAAAGUUGUGUUGAUAACGUUGAGGAAAGUCAAAUUUGUGCAAAUAACUCGCUGCCAAUUUUACCCGGAAUCUGCCAGAUCGACACAGGAGGGCCCAUUUUGAGUAAACGGAUUCCACAGAGUACGAUUCCGUACUUGGAAGGGAUAUCUGGAUUUCAAAGUGGAGGAUGUGGUGGUAAAUUGCUCGGAACUAAAAUUGAACCACAUAUAAAGUGGAUCGAAAGCGUUAUUCUGAAAAUGCAACUUGAAGAUGUGCUCAUUUUUACAAACUAGUUUCAAUUAUUUCAUGAAUAAAAUAUAAUUAUUUUUAGAA